CAAGUAUUAUAACUCCAUUUCUCUCUAAAAAUCAGCUCAUUUCCAUUUCAUGCAAUUCCAUAGUGUCUAGUAGGCAACACUAUAAGUAGAAAGAAUCCCAUUUUGUUUUGUUAAUUGGUAUACUAUUCAAGUUCAAGGCAAGAAUCCAAGAAAUACUUGUACAUUUGGAGUGCAAAACAAACCUUCAUCCUUUGCCUUUCUUCUGCUGUGUCUGCUUUUUCCAAGGGGGAAGCAAUGCAUUGGUUUAUGUUAUAACAAUAGCUACUUUUGGUCAAUAAAGGUUUGCCUUUAUGGGCUGCUUGUGCUUUUCAUGGAAGGUGUAGAGGACAGGGAACCACCUUCAAAGCGGCUGAGAUUAUCUUGUGCUGGUUCAAGCAACCUUUCAAGAAGCUCAAGAUCUGGAGAAACUGUAGCGGCUGGCUCUUCGGAGGAUUUGAUGGCCGAACCUAUACAAUACCAAGGUGCAGAAAGGAUGGUUGGUCCAAGAGGUUUAGCAAAAAAGAUAGAGUUUAUUCGACUUAUAGCUGGUGCAUUGUAUGAAUUUGGUUAUAAAAAUAGUGUUGCACACCUUGUGGAUGAAUCUGGUAUAAAGUUGCAAUCUGUGCCGGUCAAUUUGCUUACAGAACACGUUAAUCAUGGGAGGUGGGAUGAAAGUGUCUCGGCAUUGCAAAACAUUGGUAUAAAGGAUGAAUCUAAAAUUAAAUCAGCCAAGCUUUUGAUCUUGGAGCAGAAGUUUUUUGAACUUUUAGAUGAUGAAAAAAUGAUGGACGCGUUGAACACAUUGAAGACUGAAAUUGUACCUUUAGGUAUUAAUACAAGUAUAGUAAUUGACCUUACUUCUUGUAUUCUUUUUUACAAGAAGGACCCCCUAAAAGCUUCAGCGCAUUCAGAAGUUCUUGAUGAACUGCAGAAACUGCUUUGUCCAGCAAUGAUCGUACCUACGAGAAGACUGGAAUAUCUUGUGGAGCAGGCCUUGGUUUCGCAAUGUAGAGCCUGCAUAUUUCACAACUUGUCAUACAGGGAGAUUUCGUUGUAUUCCGACCAUCACUGUGGAAGAGAUUAUAUUCCUAGUCGUACUUUGCAGAUUUUAGAAAAGCACGAAGAUGAAGUGUGGUUCUUGCAAUUUUCGCAUAAAGGGAAAUAUAUAGCAUCAGCAUCUAGUGAUCACUCAGCUAUAAUAUGGGAGGUCGGUGUCAAUGGAGAUUUUGCUUUAAAGCAUCGAUUAUUUGGCCACCAAAGACCAGUUUCUCUUGUUUCAUGGAGACGAGACGAUCAGCAGCUUCUGACCUGUGGAACAGAGGAGAAUGUACGUCUGUGGAAUGUUGUAUUUGGUGAAUGUCUUCAAAUAUAUGAGAAGGAUGGUAUUAAUGCCAUCUCUUGUGCAUGGUCUCCUGAUGGGGAGUCUGUUUUUACUGGCUUUUCGGAUAAAAGCAUAUGCAUGUGGGAUCUCACUGGGAACGAGCUAAACUGUUGGGAAGGACACCUAACACUCAAAAUUUCCGAUCUUCAGUUGACGUGUGACGGAAAGAAAAUCAUAAGCAGGGGCAUAGAAACCGCGAUUUUGUUGCUAAAUAUAGAAUCACAAGAAGAGAAGUGGAUUGUGGAGGACCAAUCAAUAACUUCAUUCUCGAUCUCGGAUGAUGAAAAAUUUUUGUUGGUUGAUCUUCUAAAUGGAGAAAUUGAUCUCUUCGCCAUUGAUGGUGAUGAUAUUAAGUUCAUUUCCAAGUACAGAGGCCAUAAACGGUCGAGAUUUAUUGUUAGAUCUUGCUUUGGUGGCUUUGAACAGUCGUUCAUAGCCAGUGGGAGCGAGGACUCACAGGUUUAUAUCUGGCAUCGAAGUUCAGGGGAUCUCGUUCAGGUAUUGCCUGGUCACUCUGGAACUGUCAAUUGUGUGAGCUGGAAUCCCGUAAAUCACCACAUGCUAGCAACAGCUAGUGAUGAUCGUACAAUACGGAUAUGGGGUUUGAACAGCGCGAAUAUUAGGUGAAGGGUUUAUCGGAGCAAUGAAACUGCGAAAAUACAAGCAUUUUGCACAUAAAGCCAUUGGAAAAACAAGGCGUCCGCCGUCAUACUUUUCUCAGGACUAAACCGUUUAUAAUGGCAUUUGUAUUGCUAGGGUUCCUUUUAGAUGCUGAAAUUUCUUUACUUACCUAAUUCUGAUCACAUUUUUUUAGUGAAACACAUGGAGAAGAUAUUGAUGUCCACAUGUUUCCAAUGUAUAGUCCUUAUGUUGAAACAUGAAAAACAACAUUUUAUUACUCAAAUGUCAUUAAGUGAUUCUUACUUGGGUGAUGUUUGAUUGUCGGAUAUACACAGUUUACUCUUCAUUAAUUUAGAGGUUGUUUCUGAUUGCUUUUGA